AUGGAGCCAUCACCGAAUUUACCUCCGUGCGCAGCGUGCAGAUACCUCCGUCGGAAGUGCAGAGAUUGUAUAUUUGCACCAUAUUUUCCGCCUGACAAUCCUUCAAAGUUUAAGAGUGUUCAUAGUGUAUAUGGAGCGAGUAAUGUUUCAAAAUUUCUCAAGGGGUUGAAUCCAGACCAACGGGAGCGUGCGGCGAAUACCCUGGCUUACGAAGCGGAGCAACGUUUGCGGGAUCCCAUGCUUGGCGUGGCAGGUGUAGUAUAUCAACUUGAGAUGGAACAGGCUCAGAAGAUGGAACACCUUCAGGCGCUAAGGAUGGAAUUAGCUACCUAUGUUGACCCUAGAGCCAUGUGGCCCAUGGGAACCAACCAAUUUCCAUCUCAGCCUUCUCAGGCCUCUUCCUCUUCUUCAAACAUGAAUCAGCAUCAACAUGAACCACAAUCGCACGACCAACACCGGUCUGCUCAAGUUGGAUUCGACCUCAAUGCUUCUCCAUCUCCGUCGACUCCAUCUCAAUCUCAGGCUUUGGGUUCAUUUGAGGAGGGUAGUGUUUAUAAUCAUCAUCUUCAGCAGCAACAUCAUCAUUAUCAUCCAUCUCUAUUUCCAUCUGGACCAUCUCCAUCCCCAUCACCAUCUGGACCAUCUCCAUCGGGACCAUCUCCAUCUCAGGCUUUGGGUUCAAUUGAGGGUGCAGUUUAUAGUCAUAAUCUUCAGAUGCAAAUGACUCCAAAGCAGGAACCACUUCACGCGGUAAAGAUUGAAGUAGCUAGCCCCACAGCCAUGUUGCCGAUCAAGACCCUCAGCAAUCAUCCUUCUCACUCUCCGGCUCAUGCUGAUCAACAAUUAGCCAGCCCGGCCCCGCCGCAACAAAUUCUUCAGAUCUCACAACGUCAACUAGAACCGGCGGCUGCAACAGCAAAACCUAGGCUUAAUCAUCAAGAACAUCAAAACUCUACACAACUCGCACCGAAAUCUGGAGACGAAGAAGAGUAA